CCCCGGUCCCGAGAGCUCUCUGUCCCCGACUCUGUGCUCUCUUUCCCCGGCUCUGUGCUUUCUAGCCCCGGCUCUGUGUACUCAGUGUCCCCGGCUCUCUGUGUCCUGUCCCCGGCUCUGUGUGUUCGGUCCCCGGGUCUGUGUGUCCUGUCCCCGGCUCUGUGUGUUCGGUCCCCGGUUCUGUGUACUCAGUGUCCCCGGCUCUGUGUACUCUCUUUCCCCGGCUCUGUGUACUCUCUUUCCCCGGCUCUGUGUGUCCUGUCCCCGGCUCUGAGUCCUCCCCGCCCCCGGCUCUGUCUGCUCUCUGUCCCCGGCUCUGUAUGUUCUGUCCGCGGCUCUGACAGCUCUCUUUCAUCGGUUCUGUGUGUUCUGACCCCGGUUCUGUGUGUCCUGUCCCCGGCUCUUAGCUGUCUGGCCCCGGUGCUCUGCUCUCUUCUCUCCCCGCUGCUGUGCGCUCUCUGCCCGGUGCUGUCACCAUGCUGACCCUGGCUCUGAGCUGUGUUCUGCUCCAUGUGUUCCUGGUGUUCGGCACCGAGCUGACGUUUGAGCUGCCGGACAACGACAAGCAGUGUUUCUACGAAGAGCUGGAGAAAGACGUGAAGUUUGACAUAGACUUCCAGGUCAUUGCAGGGGGAAACUAUGAUGUGGACUGCUUCGUCACCGACCCUCUGAACAACGUGUUGUACAAUGAAAAGAAGAAGCAGUAUGACAGCUUCUCUCACACCACGGCCAUGAAGGGGGUCUACAAGGUCUGCUUCAGCAAUGAGUUCUCCUCUUUCACCUACAAGACGGUGUACCUGGAUUUCCGCCACGGAGAAGAGGAGCCUCUCAUUCCGAACAUGAACAGGAACUCAGCGAUGACCCAGUCAAAUUUAAACAUCAACAUACAAAUAAUUUAUCAGUUGGGAAUUUCAAAGCCCCUACCUUCACUCAAAAAUGUUUUGGGUGCUCUGACCGCCGGACUGGCCCUGAACCCCGCGGCGGUGUCACCGGCCGCAGCCCGCCUCCACAGACCGCAGCGCAGGAACUAUGCAACAAAGCGCAUCAAGGUGGCGCAGCCGGUGGUUGAGAUGGACGGAGACGAGAUGACUCGCAUCAUAUGGGAGUUCAUCAAAGAGAAGCUCAUCCUGCCAAAUGUGGAUGUGGAGCUGAAGUACUUUGACCUGGGUCUGCCCUACCGAGACCAGACCGAUGACCAGGUCACCAUAGACUCUGCUCUGGCAACUCAGAAAUACAACGUGGCCAUCAAGUGUGCCACCAUCACUCCCGAUGAGGCCAGGGUGGAGGAGUUUAAGCUCAAGAAGAUGUGGAAGAGUCCAAAUGGAACCAUCAGGAACAUCUUGGGUGGCACAGUUUUCCGUGAACCAAUCCUCUGUCGAAAUAUUCCCCGUCUUGUUCCUGGUUGGACGCUGCCCAUAACGAUCGGCAGACAUGCUUUUGGUGAUCAGUACAGAGCCACAGACUUCGUUGUUGAGGAGCCAGGAAAGUUCAAGAUGGUGUUUGCUCCGGCUGAUGGAAGCAAGCCGAGGGAGUGGGAGGUGUACGACUUUCCCGCCGGGGGCUGUGGGAUGGGAAUGUACAACACUGAUGAGUCCAUCACUGGAUUCGCUCACAGCUGCUUCCAGUAUGCCAUCCAGAAGAGGUGGCCUCUGUACCUGAGCACCAAAAACACCAUCCUGAAGGCCUACGACGGCCGAUUCAAGGACAUCUUCCAGGACAUCUUUGAGAGGAAUUAUAAGCCCGAGUUUGACAAGCUGAAGAUCUGGUACGAGCACCGCCUCAUCGAUGACAUGGUGGCUCAGGUCCUGAAGUCGUCCGGAGGCUUUGUUUGGGCCUGUAAGAAUUACGACGGAGACGUGCAGUCCGACAUUCUGGCUCAGGGCUUCGGGUCUCUGGGUCUCAUGGCAUCAGUGCUCGUCUGUCCUGACGGUAAGACCAUCGAGGCCGAGGCUGCACACGGCACCGUCACCAGGCACUACCGUGAACACCAGAGGGGAAGACCAACCAGCACCAACCCUAUUGCCAGUGUCUUCGCCUGGACCAGGGGACUGGAGCACAGAGGCAAACUGGAUGGAAACCCUGAUUUGAUAAAAUUCUCCCAGACGUUAGAAAAAGUCUGCGUGGAAACUGUGGAAAGUGGUUUGAUGACCAAGGAUCUUGCAGGCUGCAUCCAUGGCUUGGCCAACUGCAAGCUGAAUGAACAUUACAUCAACACAUCAGACUUCCUGGAUGCGAUAAGGACCAACCUGGACAAAGCUCUGGGCAAAUGACGAACAAACACUUCCUAAAACAAAGCACGUCUGUGGAUUUUUAGCCUCUUUUUACCACUUAGUCGUUUGUAUAAACCUUUGUAUCAAAUUUCAAAGGAAACAAGUUUUGUGCCUUUUUGUAUUUGUAUAGCUCGCUUACCGUUCCUCUGCCUUUUUCUAUGCCAACACUUUUUAUUGCACAAAUUGAAUGAUUUUAUUGUAUGAAUCUUUAUUCGUUCUAAUGUUAACUUAUAAUGAACAUAUCAGCCUUUCAAUUUAAUGGAAUGCAUCAGAGUCUCUGAAUUAUCUGUAUAAUUCCAUGUUUUGCACUUUCCUUAUGAAUACAAACAGUAGUGAUUGAUAAUCAAUCACUAACCAGCA